CCUAGCUCAUAGACUGUGAGGGGAUGAUUGUAUUACUGCAUUAACAAAGCUGGAAUUUGAUUUAUUCAACUUAAUCUAGUUACUUUUGAGUACGCACUCCUAACAAACAAAACGAAACUAAUAAAUAAUCGUGUAAAAGCACAGUAAUGUGUUAAAUAAUGAUAUCUUUAAACAUGCAGUAAGUUAUUCGUUCUUGAGUAUCUCUAUAAUUUACGUAAAGCACUUCCGGCUCACAAAUUCAUUCCUCCGUGAAACCCAUGCCUCAACAUGGACAACAACAAGGAAGUUAUUUUCUUCUUCUUUUAAAGGAAAGAUAUGAUUAUACACAAAUAAAAACUCGUAUCUUUGUAAGAGAAAGGGAAAACUGUUACCGAUUUGCAGAUACCAUGCGUGAUUUAUUCGUUUUUUCGCAUGGAUUGCUUUUCUGUACAAAAGAGAAAAUGUGAUGUGUGAAGCCAAAGGGUACACAUGGUUUGAUGCGCAGGAAAUAUGUAGCAGGAACAACAGUGUACUUACUAGAAAAGCUGUGCAUAAUUCAUCAGAUUAUUUCUGGAUUGGAAAUUAUCGACGGAAGUCGACCUGGAUAAAAAUAUCAGGAUGUUAUCCAGGAAGGGUACUUCAGACAUUUUCAAUGAGUUAUGAUAUGAAACAACUACCCUUCGCAGGAUUUUGUCAAGAAAUAUGCUUGUCUUUCAAAAAGACCGUUUUUGCAAUAAAGGGAUCAGAAUGCAAAUGUUUACAAAAUCCUUUUAACUUGAAUGAAGAACUGCCAUCAGAUACUUGUAAUGUUUCGUGUAAUAUCGGAGCUGAUGCCCAUUAUUUUGACGAAUGUGGUGGACAAAGGGCUUAUUCAGUAUUUCAGUCAGUUAUGGAAAACAAUCAAUAUUCAAAAAGUGAAUCAUUUUGUAUUGGUAUCCACUGCACAGAAUUCCCGGAAUUUUACUUUGAAAAAGACUGUAAUCGAAGAUAUCCACCAUUAUGCCAAAGUUAUAUUCCAGAAAAACGUCAGUUUGAACCCUGGUCAGAUGCAAUGAAAUACUGUAAAUCUGGAAAUUCGUCUUCAUACUUAUUUUCCAAUGUAUUCUUGAACGAUAUCAACAGAACCUGUAUCUUAAUCAAUAGUGUAUUUACUGAACCAUCAUGGCUUGGAGUGGCUGCUGAAUUAUACAGUGGGAUAGAUCGUGGAAAUGAAAUAGAAAAAGAAGAAGAGAAAUAUUAUCAUCAGUGCAUGAAAUGCAAAGGUCCAAAUGACUGCACUCAUGAAUUAUGUUCUGAACAAUUGACGGAAAGAGUACAUUGCAUGGAGAUUGAUAAUCCUGCAAGGCAUGGCACUGAAAAGGACCUUCAUUCGGCAUCUCAAAAUUCAGGAAUUCGAAACUGUAAACCUAAAGGAGAGAACAAUGCUUCUUCACCGAAUGAUCAAGACAAACCAAAAGAAGAGAGCAAUGUUUACAAAAUAGUUAUCCCUGUAGUUGUCGUAGUAACGUGUCUUAUUGGAGGAUGUAGUGCAAUUUUCCUGAUAUUGCGGAAAAGAACACAGAAACAGUCAGCUAAAACAACAAAAAGCAGAAAUAGUGAGGAAGGGUGUAAGAAUCCAGAAUCUAAUAAAGAUGUUACAGAAAAUCACGACUACUUUACUCUUGGAUCUCAGGAAAAAUGCACAAAAAUAUCAAAUGCUCGAAAUAUGGAUUUUGAACAUCAAUGUAAAGACAAUACUUAUGAUCACCUUCGAGGCAAAAAUGCGGGGACUGAAGUGGCAAACAGAGAGAGCGAUUAUGAUACAGCAAGCAAAACGGCAAAACAAGAAUGUCACUCUACCAGGAAUACCGAAGAAAAUUAUGAUCAUCUGAGAGAGAAGAUUGUCAACAAUGAAGACAAUAUAAACUCUGCUUAUAGUCAUAUAGCACCUCAUGCAAGUGAACAAUCUGAUUAUGAUGUAGCUUCUAGAAUUAAAAAUACUGAAAUAAGCAGUAUAUACAGUCACCCGAACUCAAAUCAACGACAUCAAGGAGUUGGUCCACCAGCGACUCUAACUUUUAAUGCUGAACACUAGCAUUGGCGAAGGAACAGUUAUUAUUAUUCUAUGUUUAAGUUUUAGGUUAGACGCGGCGAUGCAUGUACUAAAGGGGAUAAUGUUUUUUCUUAGUGACAACUAUGAGAAUUCAUUUUAGAUUUUAAAGGAAACUAGCUUUUAUUAAUACUGGUAUCUCCUAAAUCUUAGUUAUGUACAACAUAUGUAAUGAAUCUGACGCAUUCUUUAGAAAAUGAACACU